UUAUUUGAUAUACUAGCAUCAUUUGUUCUUCUUUAAUAUUUAAAUAAACAACAAGGAUAAAAUAAUAUUCUAAAGCAUGUAAGAGCGGUCUAAUGGAAUGCGCUUUGUGUUCACGAAAAGCUGCGUGAUCUUUUGUUUUGUUUCCAUACCCUAAUAGUCCUAGAGGAUCCUCGUCAAAAUAGAGGAGAUACUGUUAGUGAGAAAACGGGUCGCCCCGAGGUGACGAGUCAGUCGGCGGUUGGUUUUGAUGCAUGCGUGAGGGAGCGUCUGUAUCGUCAGAGGACCAUGUUUGCCAGAUCCACAAAGAUCGCGCAAUUACUACUCUCGUUGUACUGUAUCGCCGGAUGGAGCUACGUCUCAAGUGAGGAUGGACUGACCCAGUUGAACGCAGAAUCGACGGCACCCGAGGAAAUUACGCUGGACGCCAAGGACCAAACGUCGCAAUCGUCCCGGCAGUUGGGAUCGGAUGACAUAUCGAUAUCAGAUCAGAAGACAAACAUCAACGACGUCUUGCGGCGCAAGAAUAUCAAAUCAGACGGUGACGACUCGAAGCGGAAUUACGUCAGGGUCGCCCGAAGUGAAAUCUUUAGCGCAAUUGACGAAGAAGAUGAACAGCUUGAGAAGGAAAUCGAGUCGAGUUUCUAUGAUGACUUUGAUACGCUCUCAAGGGAGGAGGUACCAGUCGUGCCCUGGAGAUUUUCGAGGAUGAUGACCUACGACAACGUAACAAACUCGAAAUCAAAAAGGCAGUCCGUGAAGAUCUAUUUGACGAGUUUCGUUGACGACCCAGCAUUAUCACCGUCUGAGGUCCGUGAUGCGCUUGCAGAGGAGGAACUGCCAGUCGUGUUUCGACGGAAGAGAUCCCGGAACGUAAUUAAAAACUGGGCGGCACGAAUACUGAAGGAACUUAAUGACUACGGUAUCAUGCGUUUCAAUAAACAGAAGGAAUCUCCCGAUCCUACCACGAUAUCUUCGACUGCCAGCGGUACUCAGUCGAAAUCCUUGAAUUUUUUUACAAUAUCUCCAAUUGCCAGCAGCACUCAUUCGCAAGCCUCGGAUUCUUCCACAGUAUCGCCGACUAUCAGUGAUACUCAUUCGAAAUCCCCGAUAAUAUUGGACAUUUGGAUAAAAAAAGUACUGAAGGCGUUUGAUGAGUACGGCAUCAAAUAUUUCUUUGAACCGCCCGCCAAUGAUACUCAGUCGAGGUUGAAAAGGGAGUCCGAGGAGAUCGAUUUGAAUUUCAUUGACGACUCAGCAUCCUUAUCGUCCGAUCCUAAGACCCGUAACGCGCUUGCAAAGGAGAAACCGUCAGUCACGUUCCGGUGGAAGAGAUCUCUGGGGAACACAUUUGAUAACUGGACGGCAUCCGUACUAAAGGCAUUUGAUACCUACGGUAUCAUGUAUUUCUUUCCACCUCUGAAGUCUCUCACAGAAAUUCCGACUGCCAACGUUGCUAAGUCGAGAUCGAAAAGAAUUAGACGUGUCAUGAAUUCACAUUCGGAUCCUUCCACGGUAUCUCAACGUAGUCGUCCGAUUCGAUCUUUGUCCGACAAUUAUAAUAAAACCGUAGGAAGUAACAGCACUUCAGAAAAUGUCGUCGAUUCUCCGCCGAAGGCUUAAUCACAUGUAACGGUGGAAUCUUCCGAUAGUUCCACAGUAUUUGACCAUUCCCUUAUGGAAAAAUAUUAUUGAAAAAUUAUUGAAAAUUAUUGAAAAACUAUUCGCCUUUAAUAUUGUUCACUAUUAAUAUCAAUAAAUUUAUUGCAAAUUUAAUACUAUUUUUCCAUAAGGGCUACCUCGUCCAAUUAUCGUAUUGUAAAAGAUAGUAUAAGCAUUACAGAUAAGCAGAAUGUGACGUAUUGUACGUAUAAGGUAUAAGAGUAUAGAUAUUAGUUUAACGCAUUAUUAAUGCUCAAUUGAAAUUUCAGGCGCGCUAAAACAAAUGAGAUUAUUGCAAUGCGAUGCGCACAUAAUCCCCGCCUAAUCUUUCGAUCAUUCCACAGUAUCUGCGAUUGUCACGUUGUCCAACAUUACAUUAAUUAUCGUGAAACUCUAUACUGCAAAAAAAGUCUAGUAAUAAUCAUGAAGUUUAGAUGAAAAAUCAACUAAAUGCUAAGUAAAUUUCGUUGAUUACUAUUGUGACAGUAACCAACCGUUUGAUAAUAAUUAGAAAAGUAAAAAGUUAGCAUUUGGUUGGUUUUGCUAAUAUUAACCGGAUAUUUGAUUCAAAACUACUUCGUCCCGCGAUUAAUCUAUUAUUAUUAGAUUUCUUCUUUAGUGUAGAAGAUAACGGCAAUGAAUAUUGUUGGUUUCCUCCGUCGGAGAAUUCAGAUAAGAGCGAAUUGGUAGAAGAAUUGAAGGCGCUCGAGUUGCAAGUUUCUUAUUGUUUCGUAGGAAAUGCGAGCCGAAUUAGAUCAUCACGUUAUAGUAUAUUAAUGAUAAAGUUCGUAACGACAGUUCAUCAAUUUAUAAGAUCGUUGACUUUCAAGAAAAUGGAACUGACGACGUAGCGCUUAAAUUAAAAAAAAUACUGUAAAGCAAUAUAACAAUGUUGCAAUUAUCUCUGGGCAUUCAAGGGUAGUAUAUUGGACGCGCAAUAAGGCCCCUGUGCCUUAAUUAACAUUACGAUAAAUAUAAGGUACGACGUUAUUAGAAAUUAAUUUAACGCUUGACUGAUAAUUGUGCCAUACUUGUAGACGCGGACGAUGCCUCCGUACUUUCAUUUCGCGGAAUGAAAGAUUGAGAUUAAAUUAGUCACUUGCUCAAAUGUGGUUGAAUUUCUAUUUUGUAAAACACUAUUUAUAUUUUUUUAUGUAAAAUAAAAUACUUUUUGAGCAACUGUA